AUCUUUAAUAAACCGGUUCGGUAUCGGUGGCCGGUGGGCUUGCGACAACCCACUCAAUAUAAACUCGCACUUCGACUUCCCACACUCCAUCUCACCACCCCACUCUACGGACCACCAUGCAGGCACCCCCCGACUUUAAGCAGACCGAGGCAGGCCUCGCCAAGAAGGGCUUCGACCGUGUCUGGCGCGGCAACAAGGCCGGCACCAUCCGCGCCACCACGUACCCCGACUUCUACUACAAGACGGACGAGGAGAGCCUGCUCAAGAAGCGCGAGUGGGUCAAGGAGCACCUCGCGCUGUGUUUCCGCCUCUGGGGCCGUGCAGGGUACAACGUUGGUGUGGCCGGGCACAUCACUGUCCGGGAUCCAAUCCUCCGUGAUCACUAUUGGAUGAACCCCUUCGGCCUGCACUUCAGCUUGAUCACGAAGAGCUCCCUCUGCCUCGUCACCCCCGAAGGCUACGUGCACCCUGAGAUUGGCGCGCAGCUUCCCAUCAACAUGGCGGGCUUCCACAUCCACAGCGCGAUCCAUCGCGGGCGCCCCGAGGUAGAGGCGGCCGGCCACUGCCACAGCUUCAACGGCAAGGCUUGGUCGGUCUUCGGCCGGGCCAUCGACAUUACCACGCAGGACAGCUGCCUUUUCUACGACAAUCUGAGUGUAUACAACUCGUUUGGCGGCAUCGUACUCGCAGAUGAGGAGGGCAACAAUAUUGCGCGCGCCCUCGGUCCCAAGAACAAGGCUGUCAUCCUCCAGAACCACGGCCUGCUCACGCUCGGCGAGACGGUCGACGAGAUGUGCUCGUACUUUAUGGCGCUAGACAGCGCUUGCGGCCUCCAGCUGCAGAUCGAGGCCGCGUCCGCGUCCGGCAUCCAGAAGCAGAUCAUCGACGAUGACAGCGCAAAGUUCACAGCCGCAGCCAUCCAGAACGGUGAGGCCAUGUACUUCUCCCUCCAGGCCGAGAUCGACCUUCUGCGGAAGCUCCACCCCGACGCGCUUGAGUAGGCGCAAGGCGGAGCAGGGCUGGUGCCGUCAAGGAUGAAACGCGAGGUGGGAUUUGUCUGAAGUCGUUGUUGUCGUAGUCUCAUGCAUGGAGUGAG